GAGGAGGAGGAGGAGGAGGAGGAGGAGGAGGAGGAGGGAGGGAGGAGGCGGAGGAAGGCCGGGACCAGCCGGGCCGAGGCCCGUGGCUUUGUCCCCUCGGCCGGCCGUGGCAGGGACGGCUCAGCGGCCUCCCGCUCCUCCCCCUCUGCUCCUCCUCCGCUCCCGCUCCCGCUCCUGGUCCCGGUCCCCCUCCGGAGACGGGAGGUCGGGCCGGGGCCGGUCCCGGCCGGGGACGAGGCGCCGGAGGGACCAUGGUCCUCACCCGGCCCGCCGCUCUCCUCGCCCUCUCCCUCCUCGCUGCAGGACUAAACGUCCACUGCUCGCCCGUGGAGCCCACAGCAACCAACUCGUCCAUCUCCCUCUCGUCCAAGUCGGCCAAACCGACGGGACCCUGGACCGGUCCUCCACAAACCCCCGCGGCGGUCACUCCGGCUCCCGGCUCCCCUGGGGGAUCGGCCCCGACGGCCACGUCUACUUCUCGGGCCACCGACUGGACGGUGCCGGACAGUCCCGGGGCCGCCCCCGGGACGGCCGACUUGCCUGCCACCACGCCUGUCGCCACACCUGCCGCCUCUGACCGGCCAGGGGAAGGCCUGACCCCCGCUGCCCCGUGGACGCCCACGCCGGUGGUCCCCAGCUCCGACCCCCGGGGGACGUCGCUACAGCCCAGCCCGGGUCCCCCCACCCCGUCGGACGCUUCCUCGGCCAGCUCUCAUCCCGGCCCGACCUCCUCUUCCUCGUCGGCGCCGCCCUUCCAGGAGGCCUCUCCCGCCACCAGCUCCACAGACCAAAACACGACGGGGCGAGAUCACGAGGGACGCCCCGAGAGACCUUCCGGAGGCCCCACCUCAGGCCCCCAGACGGCAGGAGAACCGACACCCCCUCCGACAUCGCCGCCGCCUGCACCGGCCUGGCCUAAGCCCGAGGAGACGUCUCCUCCGGCAUCCGUGCCCCCCAAAAUGGCCCGUGAGCCCGAGGAGACCGAGCGGGCCUCGGCCCCGCCUGAGGUGAUCAUGGAGGAGGUCCGCCACGCGCUGAGUUCAGGGAGCAUAGCCGCCAUCACCGUGACCGUCAUCGCAGUGUCGCUGCUGGUGUUUGGCGUGGCGACGUACCUGAAGAUCAGACACUCGUCUUACGGGAGGCUUCUGGAUGAGCACGGCUCCAGCUCCUGGGGCAACUACAACAACCCCCUGUACGACGACUCCUAGCAGGGGAUCCGGCGCCGGGCCGGGGCAGCCGGCCCUGGGCCUCCGUGAGCUUGGCCCCGUAGAGUGAUGCCAAGGACCCGUCGGGCCUCGACCGAGGCUCCCAACCCCGGGGGCCGCUGCCGCUCGUGAUUUGCCGUUGUUUCCUCUCCCCGCCAUCGCCGCCGCCGCCGCCACUAUCCCCGCCCUGGCAGUGCCGGGCGGGGCCGCCCCGUAACGGUCAAAGAAAGCUGAACCCAGUGGAGACGUGGCUUCGGUGCCGCAGCCGGGCCUCGCCGCCCCCAGCCCCCACCCGUCCCAGGCACCCCCGGCCCGGCUGCCAAGGAGGGGCCGGGGGCUCCGGGGUUGGAGGCGUCUGAAAAAUCCGCGCUUCUCGGCUGCCCUUUUCGUCCUCGCUUCCCGGAAUUCCACCCGAAGCUCCCAAGGGCCAUCUCAGCCUCCUCGGUUGCCUAAUGGAUGACCAUCAGAAGUCUUUAUUGAGUUCCUUCUCCAUGCGGGACACUGGACUGAGCACCCCCGAGGUGCAGUGUAUUGCCCCAUGCACUUACUGUGUGCGGAGCACUGCGCUAGGUGCCUACAGUAUGCAGAGAACCGCACUGAACAGCUGUGGGCAAAACUGUACUAGGCCCUUGGGAGGGUAUAAUAGAAAUAAAAGCUCUGGCUCCUGCUGUCAAUCAA